AUGCGUCAUGAAUACGUGAAGCUACACGUCAUUCGUUGUGAGGUUGUCUGGUUUAAAGAUUGUCUUGUUCCAGAAAUCCCAGAGACGGACAACUGCCCCAAUCUCCGCCUCUCACCAACAUCAGCAUUGCCCUCUGUUAGAUCAAGAAUAACCACCAAGAUGGACACCACCAACACCAAGCGCUUUUUUGACAAUCCCAUCAUCCGCACCAUUCUUGGGCUCCACAACUUUUUGGUGCUUGCGUCGUCAACCAUCUUGACUGGGAUCUUGUCCUACUUUUUACACCACUACCGCUACCGAAACACACAUCUUGUGUACCAAGAAGUGAUUGCGCAGCCAGGAUUAUGCCGGUAA